AUGGCAGAUGUGGAAGUUAUCAUUGAUCUGAACAUCUAUUAUCAUUGCGUUAGCACAACAGCUGGAGAAGUGAAUAGAUCCUCAGACGAGUGGAAAAGCCUCGUGACGUGUCGUGGGGGGUGUGAAAGGGCUCCUCCCUCUGCUCCCUGUAACUCCCUCAGACUCCCUCAGACUCCCUCCACAUCCAUCUGGCCUCAGAGCGCUGACCCCUGUCGCACGCCGUCACUCAGGGAUCAGGGCAAGAGGCUCUCACAGAAUCAUCCUGGAGGUCUGGGGGAUGCUCUUGAGCCAACUCCAAUCACCAUAAGUCGAUAUGAGUUUGGGAGCCGCUUGCAUUUUCUUGCGUGGAGGGAAAAACAUUGUGAGUUGAUUUUCAUUUUGACACAGGAGCGAUCUCUGGCUGAUGAUGAAAUUGACGAGCUGCGAGAUGCGUUCAACGAGUUCGACAAGGACAAAGACGGCCUCAUCACCUGCAAGGACCUGGGGAACCUCAUGCGGACCAUGGGAUACAUGCCCACGGAGAUGGAGCUGAUCGAACUGAGCCAAAACAUCAACAUGAAUCUUGGCGGCAGAGUGGACUUUGAGGAUUUUGUUGAUCUGAUGACGCCGAAACUUCUAGCAGAAACGUCAGGGAUGAUCGGGAUGAAAGAGCUCAAAGACGCAUUCAAAGAGUUUGACAUGGACGGUGAUGGAGAAAUUACAACGGAGGAGCUGCGGUCCGCCAUGUGCAAGUUAAUGGGUGAGCACAUGAGUCGGAAAGAGAUCGACACCAUCGUGAAGGAAGCAGACGAUAACGGCGACGGCACCGUGGACUUUGAAGAGUUCGUCAAGAUGAUGAUGAUGCACCGCAGAGGGACAAACACUGCGCAGCGCUGCGUGUGCCAUGAUGGAUCUGUUUUGAAGCUUGUGCUCCUCGGACUUUGGGUGGCUCUCUCUGAUGUGGGCGGCAUGUGGAAGACGAACAUCCACUUAUUUGACCCGUGCACAACCUGGAAGCUUCUGGAAACACCAUUCAUUUCAUUGUACAGCUCCACGUGA